AUGGAAUCAUCCGAACCAAGAGACCAACCAACAAAAGCGCAGUCGCGUCGUAAUGACCUCGCAGGUGACGCCUCGUUGGUAUAUGGGCCCAAUGAGCCGCCUCUCUGGAGGAAGCCGCUCGCGCAAAUAAUAAAAGAGCAGGCGACCAAAUACGCAGAGCGGGAGGCGGUAAUCGUACCUUGGCAGUCAGCCCGGCUCACCUACGCCAGACUUGGGGAGCGCAGUGCCCUAGUGGCCAAGGCACUUCUGGACACUGCGAUCAAGCGAGGAGACUGUGUGGGAGUUAUGGCUGGGAACUGCUACCAGUAUAUCGAAAUCUUCCUCGGGGCUGGGAGGAUUGGCAGUCCUGUCGCCGUUUUCAACAACGCAUUCUCCCCUCAAGAAUUAGAUGCAAUGAUUGCUCGUACCGGGACUACGGGGCUCCCAAAAGCCGCUGCUUUGACUUAUGACAACAUCAUCAACAACGGCCGUUAUGUUGGCAAUGCUAUGCAGCUAACCGAGAACGACGUCGUUUGUUGUCCAUGCCCAUUGUUCCACUGCUUUGGUCUUGUCAUCGGGUUCCUAGCAUCUUUCUGCUCCGGCAGCAAGAUUGUAUUCCCGUUUCCCACAUUUGAUGCGAACUCGACACUCGAUGCUGUGGUUAAAGAGAAAGCCACUGCACUACUUGGAGUGCCGACUAUGUUUCUGUCGAUGCUUGAGGUACUAAAGAAAUCCCCUCAGCGAAUAGACACGGUGCGGACCGGCGUGGCUGCAGCUUCACCGGUGCCUGCGUCUCUAAUGAGCCGCUUAGAACGCGAGAUGAAUAUUCCUAAAAUGCUCAUCGCAUAUGGCAUGACCGAGACAAGCCCGGUCACAUUCAUUACAUCCCCUGAAGAUGACCGUGAUGAAAGGUUCACAACCGUGGGACGAGUUCUUCCUCAUACCGCUGCCAAGAUUGUGGACGCUGAUGGCAACACCGUUCCGCGCGGGGCUCGAGGAGAGAUCUGUACCAGCGGAUUCGCACUACAGAAGGGUUAUUGGAGGGAGGAAGCCCAGACGCAGGAGGUGAUGAGACCAGACGCGGAAGGAAUUAUAUGGAUGCACACAGGUGAUGAGGGUUUCCUUGAUGAUGCUGGUUACGGGCAUGUUACUGGCCGGAUCAAGGAUAUCAUCAUUCGAGGUAGAUCUUCCUAG